UUAAAAAAAAGGUGGUACCAGAGUUAGGCUUGCAACUUUCAAAAAGAUGAUUAUACAAUCAAAUCCUUUAUUAUGUAUGACCUUUCCGGAACAUCGGAAUUGUGUGUAAUGCCAACUCCUAUGUUGAAUAAGACAUGCACAAGAUUUUAAUGGUGAUUAUUAUAGAUAGACUACGCAAUAGCUAAUCUAUUAAAAAAAUAUCUAUAUCUUACAGCAAACUAGUAUGCAUAUCGCUGGUCGGCAGCAGCAAGGAGUGGAGCGUUUCCAUGCCCGAUACCGAGGAGAUCCUGUGCGUCACGGCGGGCAGCGACGUCGUCGCGUGUGCGACUAACGCGAGGUUGCUGCGGCUGUUCACGCCAAUGGGCACGCAGAGACAGGUCUGAUGAUGCUUCGACUUCAAGGGUAAAAACGAAUAAAACCACAGAUUGUAUACGAGGAACACCGCCAAAAUAUGGCUACAGCAACAUAGAAAUGACUCCACGAAAAAAAAAACUUGUAAAAAAGUUGCAGCGAACACAGUGUUUGUUAUCAUCACUCUCAAAAACAUCCGUCGAUUUGGACAAAUUAGAUUCCGAUUUUCUGAAAAAUGUUGUAUCAGACUCUCUGAAAAAUCAAGCCCGGAAACCUAGAGGCAAGCGAUGGAAUUUAAUUAACAAAAUUUCUGCUUUACAAAUUUUUAAGAGGUCACCCAAGACAUACCGUUUUCUGCAGCAUAUAAUGCCUUUGCCCAGUGUUCGAACAAUUCAACGCUUACUUAAAGCUGUAGAAAUUAAUCCUGGUAUUAAUACCUCAACUCUGAAAAUGUUAAAAGAGAAAGCUUCAACUAUGUUACCAAAUGACAAAAUCUGCGCGUUAUUGUUUGAUGAGAUAUCAUUAGAAAAGCGGCUAAUUUACAAUGAAUGUUCAGAUAAAGUUGAGGGAUAUGUUGACUACGGAUCUGGAGAAUACCGCGGAAAGAAAAACGAGAUAGCAGAUAAAGCUCUAGUCUUUAUGCUUCAAGGAAUUCGCAACGAAUAUAAACAGCCAUUGGCGUUUUAUUUCGUUAAAGGCACUAUUUCCUCAGAAAACUUAUUGAGUAUUAUCAAGGAAAUUAUUGCCACUGUUGAAGAUAUUGGUUUCACAGUCAUCAGUACGGUUUGUGAUCAAGGACCGACAAACUGCGGAGCAUUAAACAUUGCUCAAAAAGUUAUCACAUUUACCGUCUACUGCUAACUAUUUUCUAGUGAAUCAGAGAAAAAUAUAUACAGUUUUUGACGUUCCCCACUUAUUCAAGUCAAUUCGAAAUAACUUUUAUGAAGCCGGGUCUAUGAAAUUUGACGGUAAAGUGGCUAAGUGGCAACACUUACGUGACGCAGAAGCCAUAAAUACUGGAAUGUUGUACUUUCAUAAAGUAUCUUCUGUAAUGCUAGAUCCAAAACAAAAACAUAAAAUGAAAGUGAAAUAUGCCGCUCAAACUCUAAGUAAUACUUUCGCAGCUAUUCUAAAGAUGAUUGCAGAAAAAUAUGAAGACACAGAGUACGGAAAAGAAGUGGCACAAACAUCCGAGGUAGUACGGGACCUUAAUAAUUUAUUUGAUUCUACUAAUGGCCCAUCAAACCCAAAAGAUGUAAUAAAGGGACGAAGACAAAAUGUGUCACGUAAAACCAAUCACAUAGAAAUCUGGAAUAGUUUUUUGAAAAAGCUGAAGUCAAUGGAGUUCAUGAAAUCAGAUAGCAGGUUAAGAUUAAAAAGAGUCAGAUGCGUGGAAGGUUAUAUUGUAACCAUAAAUUCGCUUAAAGAUAUCUGGUGUUAUUGUAAGAAUCAAGGAUUUAACUAUUUGAAUUUACGCUCACUGAAUCAAGACGCUCUUGAAAACCUAUUCGGACUUAUACGACAGAAUAGCCCUACAAAUCGAAAUCCUACCUGCACACAUUUUGUAAGUGCAUUGAAAUCAAUUCAUAUUUCUGGAAUGAAUGCACCACAUAACCGAGGAUCUAAUUGCGAAGAAGAUUUGAACAAGUUAUUGCUUGUCAAUCCAUUAUGCCAACAUGAUGUUGAUGGUGAUGAGAAACUCACAUCAAUGACUACCAAUGAAGAAGAAGAAUAUCCUGUUUUAAUGAUACCUGAAAAUGAAUUAGAGGAGCAAAUUGAAACAGAUUUAACAGACAUAGAAAAUCAACCUAUUGUAUAUUUAAGCGGUUACAUAGCUUAUAGACUGUUGAAGAACGUAGGCUGUCAAAUGUGUUCUAAUUUGCUGAAACUGGAAGAUGUUACAGAUCACCCAAUGUAUAAAUUUAUAAGCUUGCGGGAGUGGUGGCAAGAAAAGAAAUCAUUAACGUACCCAUCUAUCCAGCUGUGUCGUACAAUUGAGGAAGCGAAAAACUAUUUUGAAAAAAAUAGUCAUUUAUUAUAUGAAGAAAAUGUCGGGCAAAUGUUUUGCACACUUUUUGCGGCAAACAUUAACAUAACCUGGUGGACAUGUAAGGAACAUGAGGAUUUCAUGAAAAAACAAUUAUUUUGGUUUGUGACCAAAAUCUUAAUUAGAAGACAGUGCCAAAUAUUAAAUUCGGAUAUUAUUAAAACAGAAGAAAUUUCUGCGAACGCUGCAAAGAUAGCUCAACUAAGAAGCGCUGCAAAAUAAUAUAUGUAAUUACGAGUAUGCAAUAUCAAUUCCACGCGGACGAAGUCGCGGGCAACACCGCGACUUCGUCCGCGUGGAAUCUUAUCUUCAACAUUUUACAUCUUUAGUACCUAUAAUUUUCAUAUCCAAGCAAUGUUGACAUUUUUUAGCAAGUUGUAUGAAGUUUUAAGUCAAGUGGAUUUUGAUGUUGGUUGCUGAAAUUACUUUUCUUGUAUUCUCAUAAUAGGUACCUAUGCCCUUAUACAAAGAUUCAAGUUCCGCAUUCCGCACUCACAAAAUAUCUGAUCUCCAUACAAACUUUCAACCCCUUUUUCACCACCUUAGGGGAUGAAUUUUCAUAAAUGCUGAAAUGAGUUUUCUUGUAUUUUAAUUUAAAACGUUUUUACAAAGUUUCAAGUUCCUUGCUUAAAAUAAAAUUUGCACCCGCAGACAAACUUCCAUCCCCUUUUUAACCCCCUUAGGGGUUGAAAUUCCAAAAACGUUGCAAUCACUUUUUUUUGCAUACGGCUAUUAUGCCUUUCUAAGAAGUUUCAAAACCAUUUGUAAUGGAUUCAAACUUUCAACCCCUUUUUAACCCUGUUAGGGGAUGAAUUUUACAAAACGCUGAAAUUACUUUUCCUGUCUUCUAAUAAUAUCCCUAAAUACAAAGAUUCAAGUCCAACACUCGAAAAAAUGUUUGAUAUCCAUACAAACUUUCAACCCCUUUUUCAUCACUUUAGAGGUUGAAUUUUCAAAAACGCUGAAAUUAGUUUUCUUGUAUUUAAAUAAUAUAUCUUUUAACGAAGUUUCAAAUUCGUAGCUCAAAAGAAAACUUUAACCCCAUACAAACUUUACGUUCAUAACAUAAGCGUAUUGUAAUAAUAAACUAUCUGUAUCAUAUCUUUAAUAUGUUAAAUAAAAUUAUUUUUAUAUUU